AUGAUUAAAACAUAUGGACCAAUUUUUAGAAUAUGGAUGGGUGAUCAUUAUACUCUUGUAAUUAAUGACAUUUCAUUAGUAAAGGAGGUGUGGGUUAAGAAUUUCGAUAACUUUGUAAAUAGACCUCAUCCAGCAUCAUUUGAGAUUUACAGUGGUAAUUUUCAAGAUUUAGCUUUCAGUGAUGAAGCUCUAUGGAGAAGAAGUAGACACAUGGUAUCCGCUGCAUUUACCAAAACCAAACUAAAGACAAUCAUCAAACAACUAGACCAUCAAACAUCACUUUUAAUAGAAGCAAUGAAGAAGUAUCAAGUUGAAAAAAAACCUUUUUAUUGUAAGAAAUAUUUUAGUAGAUUUGCUUUGAAUAUUAUUUUCAAUGUAUUGUUCUCAGAGGAGAUACCAUAUGACGAAGGUCUAGACGAUGGAAAGAUGGCGCGUCUAACAGAACCAAUUCAUAUUGUCUUCAAGAAAUUGGGUGCUGGUAGUAUCGAUGAUUAUGUCUCUCUAUUAUCACCUAUGUUUUACUUUAACCGUCGCCACUUUAAUUCCGAAGUUAUGAAGGUAAAACAAUUCAUGAGAGAAAUCUAUGAUGAACAUCUAAGUACUUUGGAUAAAGAAAACCCAAGAGAUUUGUUGGAUCAAAUGAUUAUUGAAUCCGAUGGAAAUUCAGUUGAUAAUAUCCUGCAUGUAGGAAUGGAUUUCAUGUUGGCCGGAUCCGAUAGUUCUGCAGGAACAGUUGAAUGGUUUUGUUUGUUCAUGACUAACAAUCAAGAUGUCCAAGAGAAGGCAUAUGAUGAGCUGCAGAGUGUUGUCGGUAGAGGCAAUCGUGCAGAGACAAAACAUCGUGUCAAUACACCCUAUAUGAAUGCAAUCAUCAAGGAGGUGAUGAGAAUGCGACCGAUCGGACCAUUGGGUAUACCAAGACAAGCGAAAGAGGACUGCUCGAUCGGAGGUUACUUUGUGCCAAAGGGUACUCAAAUGAUUAUGAAUAUCUAUGGUUUGUCAAACGAUGACCAAUGUUGGGUCGACCCACUUCAAUUCCAACCGGAACGUUUCCUAAUCGAUACACACACCGACCGAUGUCUGCCAUUUGGCAUUGGCAACCGUAAUUGUGUCGGACAGAACAUGGCACUCGACGAACUCUACAUUGCAUGCACCAACAUCCUAAUGAACUUCCACCUACGAUCAGUUGAUAAUAAACAAAUAGAUGACACUGAAAUAAACAAUCUUAACCACUACUAA